GACCAAAAAAAAUUUACCCUCGCCUUUCUUCUUCCGAUUCAAUUUCAGGUUCAGUUUCAGCCCUCGCCGACACCUCUUUCCGGUCGCCCGCUGCUCAGUCCCCGCCGAGUCUCCGGCGAACACUCUCCCAGACUAAUCAUCCGAAAGCCUCUAGGGCUGAUUGAUGACCAAGGAAUGCAAAUUUAUUGACAAUUUGGUCUAGGGAAUAAUCUGUUGGAAAUGAAUUUGAAACAUUUAUUUUUUAGAAAAGCAAUUAAGGUCAUCUCCCAACAGAGAGGGAGAUGUUUAUCCCAUGAACCUAUCCUGUAUAGAAAACUUUCCACCACUACCUUUCCACUAUUCACAGUUCACGACUUGUCACCAAAAACUCCUAAACCUUCCAGGUAUUUCCAUUCUGAUCAAAAAGCAAAUCACGAUGUAUUGAGCACUAAACUAGUGCUUGAUUCCAAUAAAAUAGAGGAUGAUGAUACAACCAUGAAUCAAUUCUUGUCGCACUUUGUGUGGAUCAUGCGUGGCAAGCUUUCUGAUGUCUACCCAGAUUGUGAUAAGAAGACCAUUGAUAGUAUGCUUUUGAUUAUCGUGGAGAAAGUUGUUUCCGAAGUAGAGAAGGGUGGUUUUGAGCAGAUUCUCGGUGCAUCAUCAAUGGACUCUUCAUCACAUGAUCUAAGUGACGAUUUGUGGAAAACAGUAUGGGAAGUUAGCAAUAAGGUCCUUGACGAGAUGCAGAAAGCUCGGAAGAAGGAGAAAAUGAAGACGUUUCUUCAGUGUGAAGAGGUCAAAGAAAUGUACAGAUUUGCUACUGAGGCUGGCGUUUGUGGAGAUUUGUUAAGAGAACUACGGUUCAAAUGGGCUCGUGAAAAAAUGGAGGAGGAUGAGUUUUACAAGGGUUUGGAACGCCUUAAACAGGAAGAAUCUCAGGCCGAAGCUGAAGUGGACGGUGACCUUGUUUCUGAAGAGAAACCUAAAGAUAUUUCUCUUCCCAAGAGGCAUGGUAAAAUUAACUAUAAAAUAUAUGGUCUUGAUUUAUCUGAUCCAACUUGGGCUGAAGUAGCUGAUAAAAUUCAUGAUACUGAGGAGGCUAAUUGGCCUCAAGACCCAAAACCUAUAACUGGGAAAUGCAAACUGGUUACUGAGAAAAUCCUUUCCUUGAAAGAAGAUGAUGAUCCUUCAGUGCCAUUGGCUGAAUGGAUAGAGCUUUUACAGCCUAACAGGGCUGACUGGAUGGCUUUGCUUGAUAAAUUAAAAGACAAGGAUGCAUCUAUACACCUCAAGGUAGGAGAACUUGUUCUCGACGAAGAGUCCUUCCAAACGAACGUAACUGAUUACUCAAAGCUAGUUGAGGUACACUCAAAAGCGAAUCGUUUACACGACGCGGAAAGAAUUCUCAAGAAGAUGAAUGAAAAAGGUUUCCAACCCGAUACUCGUUCAUUCACUACACUAGUUCACACAUACAGCAAGGCAGGAAACCUCGAACGUGCAAAAGAAGCAUUUGAAAGUCUCAGAAUUCAAGGAUUCCGACCCGAUGUUAAAAUCUACAACUCCAUGAUCAUGGCCUACGUAAACGCAGGACAACCGAAAAUGGGAGAAUCGUUAUUAAGAGAACUUGAAUCGCGAGACUUAGGGCAACCCUUAAAGGAAAUAUACCUCUUAUUACUGCGUUCGUUUUCACAAAUCGGAGACAUAGUCGGAUCUCUUCGAAUGUCUACUGCAAUGCAGUUUGCAGGAUUCGAACCCGAUUUAGAAUCUUGCACCUUGCUGGUUGAAGCCUAUAGUCGAUAUGGAAAUUCCGAUCAAGCUAGGAGCAAUUUCGACUACAUGGUGAAACUCGGAUUCAAGCCAGACGAUAGGUGUACAGCCGCAAUGAUAACUGCUUACGAGAAAAAUAAUUCAUUAGACAAGGGUUUGGAAUUGUUGCUUGAACUUGAGAAAGACGGGUUUGAACCAGGAAUCUUGACUUAUUCGGCUUUAGUGGAUUGGUUCGGUAAGUUGCAGUUAGUAAACGAAGUUGAGGCGAUAUUAAGCAAGAUUUCGAUAAUGGGCGAGGCUCCUCCGUUUAAGGUUCAUGUUAGUUUGUGUGAUAUGUAUGCGAGAUCUGGUUCUGAGAAAAAGGCUCUUCAAGCUUUGGAAACUGUGGAAGCUAAAUAUGAACAGUUGUCUGGGUAUGAAUUUGAGAGGAUUAUUAGUGGGCUUAUAAAUGGAGGGUUUAACGAAGAUGCUAAAAGGAUGCAUGGUUUGAUGCAAGCUAGGGGUUUUGUGGCGUCCGACAAGGCUAAAAUUAAUUGGAUAUCGGUUGAUGCGUUUAGUCGCAAGGGGUCAACUAGUUUCUUUUGAUUCGUAAUUUUCUUGGGAAGCAGUUGGGAAUAAUGAACCGAAAAAAUUCGAUACUUUUCAAGGUUAGUUCACUCUUUUGUGUGUUUGCUGUUUUUGUUUGAAUAUGCAGAUAUUGACAUUUUGUUUUGAGCAUCUCAAAAUAGAAGGAAGGAAGAUUUUAUUUCAUC